GAGUUGUCAUUCAUUUCUUUGCAUUCAAGGUUAUAACCUAUAACGACUUGGGAACUCAAGCUUCACUAAUUCCGAAAGAUCGGAUAUCCAGUCUUAGCCCUUGCAAAGCCUCAGGGCACGGAUUUGGGUUAAUUCUCACGAGACACCUCAAGCAGAUAUAAACCUAUUCUCUCAAGAAGCCUCCUUAACCCAACCAUGGAUACAAGCCUCUCAUAACACUUUUGAAAAACAAAACAAAAAAAAUUAAGAAUAAUUAUUCUAUGAGGCACACUUGAUCGGUAUAACGCACGUACGUUACGAUUAAAAACGUGUCUUAAGAUGUCUGGGAUUGCUAUGAUGAUAUCUGCAUUGGCCAAAUUGGAAGCGAGAUGCUGCUUUGCACGGAAAGGACGCCUAAGUGUUGAGAAAUGGCAACAGCAAUACACGAGUGGCAAAUGCAUAGGGAAAAGAGAGCUGCACUUUAGUAACUUCCAGUCUCUUCGGCCUUCUCAAGUGGCUAACGCUAACGUUAAUGCUGUUGCGCUUUACAGGCAGACAAUUACAAAUGGAGACGGACAACAGCAGCUGGCAAAUCACUACUCAACAUACAUACCAAGUCGAUUGCAAAUCGAACCUAAUAUUUGUAGCCCAAAUUACGAUGGGGUCAUCCUCAUCUCAGGUACACCGCCAGGAACUCAAGAGCCAGAGCCCUUUAAAUCCCUCCUCUUCAGUAGCAGUCAACUCGACUGUGCUUUAUUCGAGCACACAACCGUGUUGCCAAUAAAUUUACCGGCAAAACGGCUGAUCUACAGUCCAACGGGUCCUAUUGACUGCGACUACGACGAUGUUAGGGUCUUCAACCUUGCAGCAGUCAGGGGAAUUAAACGGGCCUUAGAAGCUGGCGUUCGCCGUCCUUUGUUAGUUCUAUUACCAGAUGAUCGCUUUGAAAAUGUGGAAUUGGUCACGUUGCUGGGAGCUCUUGAAGCUCUCUAUGUGCCCCUGGAGGUUCGCGAAAUCAGUCCCGACCUUUCUUACAAGGCCACAACAUUAGGUAUAUGGAGUCCGAUUUGCAGCAAGAAACUUCAGGGAGUGGUAAAGCUCGCUACUUCUCUCGAAAGCGGCAGAUUCGUUGCCCGCGACAUCGGCGGAUCGGAUCCAGAACGAAUGGCACCAGUGCGUAUUGAAGAAUACAUUCGCAAUGUAUUCAUUGGUUCAAACAUUGAUAUACAGGUCAUCUCCGAUCCAAAAAUUCUGCAAUACGAGUAUCCACUCUUCUCAGCUGUAAAUCGUGCGUCCGCUGACAUUCCACGUUUCGCUGGUCGAAUUAUCUUCCUUACAUACGAACCGAAAGAUCCUACCUGCGUCCUCGAAACAGUUAUGCUAGUCGGCAAGGGUGUGACCUAUGACACCGGUGGUGCUGAUAUUAAAACUAACCAUGCUAUGGUCGGUAUGAGCCGGGAUAAAUGUGGUGCUGCUGCUUCAAUUGGCUUCAUGCAGACUGUAAAUCUUCUACAACCACCAACUGUCAAGGUUGUGGCGGCAAUUGGGGUCGUGCGUAACAACUGCGGUGAAAAAGCCUACGUCGCUGACGAGGUAAUUACUGGACGAUCUGGUGCCAGAAUACGUGUAAACAACACCGAUGCCGAAGGCCGGAUGGUUAUGGCUGACAUUCUUUAUCAUAUAAAAGAGAUGGCCAUGUGUUCGGUGAAUCCUCAUAUUUUUACCAUUGCCACGCUUACCGGACAUGCGCAAAUGAGCGCCGGAAAAGGAUUUUCGAUUGUGAUAGACAAUUCUGUUGCAAGAUCGGAAUCUAAUGCUUAUAAACUACAAGCUUGUGGGGAGGUAAUGGGCGAUAUGUUUGAAGUUUCAAUAUUGCGUAGAGAAGAUUUUGCUUCGCAUAAAGGUAAAGCCGAAGGCGAUGAUGUACUACAAUCAUCUGGAAAAAAAUCGAGUGUUGGAUCAGAAAGAGGGCAUCAAGGCCCCGCUGCUUUUCUUAUGAUGUCAUCUGGACUUAAAAAGUCUGGUAAGGAAAGCGAGAAGCCUCUUAAAUACAGUCAUCUUGACAUCGCAGCCAGUGCAGGAGAUCUACCAGAUAUAGCAACGGGAGCACCAAUCCUCGCGCUCGCUAAAAGGUUUUUAAAUAAGGAAUUUGAAGACAACCUCGCCAAAAACAGCAGUUAAAGCAGAGAUAUUAUAUUGCUCACAUUGUUCUUUAAAAACAAUUUGGUUUUUUCGUAUUAAUAUUUUUGCGCAUUCAAAGAAUGUUUCUUAUACUAACUAGC